AUUCCCCAAAAUAAACACCAACGAAGGUUUUUGGACUUGUUCAACCAAAAGUGAUAAACCCUACGCCGAUCACGAAAAUGGCCUCCACCGCCGUGAGAUCGAUUUCCCGAUCAUGUUCCGCCGCUAGGUCUGCGUUUCGUGUCGCCUCGGAAGGCAAAUCGGCUCGCUCAUCACUAUUCCGCAUUGCCUCCAAUAAACCUCUCUCGCAAUCCCAAUCCACUCUCAGGUUACCUGUUGAAUUGAGUUCCUGUGUGGUAUCUAUGCUGCCGUAUCAUACUGCAACUGCUUCUGCGCUCAUGAAUUCCAUGCUCUCCAUUUCCAACCGCUCUUACGCUCGGCUUCCUGAAGAUCUGUGAACUCCCCUAAACGCAGCUUUGGUUUGCAGCAAAAUGAUUGUCACUUUCAUUUGCGAAGUUUAUGCCCGCUUUCGGUAUGGGAGCCGGUCUGCCAUCAGUUGUCCUCAGAGUUGAGCAGUUUCCUCAUAAGUUAUCAUCUCUAUCAUGCACAAUAUUAUGUUUCAUACUUAAGAAUAAACUAAUUUUUGUUUCCUUUUAGUUUCCAAAUUCUAUGAAGUUACCUGAUUGAUAAGUAUAUUUUUAUGUAAUCACUCCGGGUCCUUAAUAUAAGAAUCAAUUUGGUGGUUUAA